GUCUUAAUGAAAAUUAUGUUUUUAAUAAUUAUCGAAAACCAGAAAAUGUGAUGCAGAAUGUUGGAUUCGUAUAAUAAUUUUGAAUCAUUCACCAAUGACACGAACAUUGAAAACUACAACGAUACUAACUUAACCACAGUAUGGACAAAUGAAGAAUUUUGCUCACCUUUUUCUGCAGGAAGUUUGCUUUCUACUCCCAUUUUUCAAUUUUGUGUAUUCUUUAUGUACUGUACUAUAUUUAUAGUUGCUUUAAUAGGGAAUGGACUAGUGUGCUUCGUUGUGCAAAGUUCACCUCGAAUGAAGACCGUAACAAAUUAUUUCAUAAUGAACCUGGCUAUUGGUGAUAUUUUGAUGACAAUAUUUUGUGUGCCGUUUUCAUUUGUGUCAAUGUUAGUUCUAAGGUACUGGCCCUUUGGUAUAGUUAUGUGUAAAAUAGUGAAUUAUUCUCAAGCUGUUUCCGUGCUAGUUAGUGCUUAUACACUUUUGGCUAUUUCUAUUGAUCGUUAUAUGGCAAUUAUGAGACCUUUGCAGCCGAGAUUAGGUAAAACUGCUGCUAAAUUUAUAGUGGCAGCGGUGUGGGGAGGAGCAUUAGCGACUGCAGCACCUAUCAUUAUAGUUUCACAAAUACAGAGACCGACUGAAUGGCAUCAAUACUGUAAAACAGACAUCUGUCUUGAAAAAUGGGAGUUUGUCGAACAAAACGAACAAUACUCGUGUGCACUAUUAGUUCUACAAUUCGGAUUGCCACUUACAGCGCUUGUAUGCACAUAUGCGCGAAUUGCACACGUCGUAUGGGGAGUUCGACCACCGGGUGAAGCGCAAACAGCAAGAGACACCCGAAUCCAGCAUUCGAAACGAAAGAUGAUUAAGAUGAUGGUGACGGUGGUUAUUGUAUUUACUAUCUGCUGGCUCCCUCUCAAUAUAUUUAUUAUUCUAUGGACUCUCCACGAGACCGAUGACGCUUGGGCAACAUGGCCAGGCAUGCCAUACGUGUGGUUCGUAGCCCACUGGCUGGCUAUGUCACACUGUUGUUAUAAUCCAAUCAUAUACAGCUAUAUGAACGUAAGAUACCGUCGAGGAUUUAAACAGAUAUUAGGUAGCUUGAUGCCCACUCGUUUACAUCAGACAUCGCGGUCGGCUCGACGUACCAGCACCUGUGAUGUCAUACCCUUAUCAGAACUCAUGGGUGUCAACGGCAUCCGUCGAGAAAUAAGCAGCGGUUCGGGUCGUUUGCAGCGUGUAUCUCAUCGCAGCGGGAGCUCUGAUAACAAUCUCUCGUCCAGACACUUCAUCGCCUCAACACCUCCAAUACAAGCGCUGUCGUAGACAAUUCCAGUUGUAACAGUUAAAUAAUAAUUUAUAUAAAACACGGUACCUAUUACAUAAAUACCAAAGGUUACCUUAAUGUUAUUCUCUUGAAAUGAUUAAGAUAUAAGAAUUGAUUAUUAUUAGCUUAUUUUUCCCUUAUAUUGUAAUUCCUUUUGUCACUUAGUAUAUUUGUAAAUUACUAAAUUACUUUUCAUUAUUAGUGAUAUUUUGUAUCCUUUCUAUAUAAAUAUAUAUUAUAUACAUUGAUGCCAAUAUUUAUCUCUAUUAUAUUUAAAACAAUGAAUUGUGUUCCAUUUAAUUAGGGUGGAAGAUGCUGUCUAUUGUGACACAGUUUACAUUAGUACAGUCGUCAAUGUAAUCUCUCUUAUAUUGUAGAAAUAAAACGUACGAUAUGAUUACUAUUGUUUAA